AUGGGACUACAUAACGAUGAAAAGAAAGCAUGUAAGGAGUUUUUGAACAAUUUUACCACCGGCCCCGACCCAACAUGGGGCUUCUACGUUUACGCCACCUACACGCGCCCACAAGAGCAAGUUGAUUCUAAUCAAAACAGCUCCUCGGACAAAACAGCGGUGGUUGACGACAACACCUAUUUCCAAAACCUACUAGACAAAUUCCACGACCUCGCAACCGAAAACCUGCGCGACUCUUACCCCGUAUCUUACAAUCAACGCAUAAUAGACGCCCUACGUCUUGUCCCUGCAGCUAUUAUGCCCAACGCGUCGCUCUCUAAGGUAUGCACUCAUUUCCGCACACACUAUGCUCGGAUACUCGAUUCCGAGAGACUGUAUGAGCCUGGUUACCAGGACGCAUACAACGAAGAAGGACUGUUUGGUCCAAAAUAUGAAUGGUGUAUGGUCAUCGAUGACGAGGCAUUAGAGAGCUUUGAUGCAGAUGACGAUGACGACACAUUUGCUAAGCUGCUGUCUGGGGAUUAUAUGGAGAUGAAGAAGCCGGUGGCGCUCACUGCGAAAUAUAGGGAUGGCACGGGGGGGACACAAUGGAAUGGAUGGUUCAAGUUCUCCGCCGGUAUGCUCAAGGACGUGUUUGAAGUGGUGAAUGAGGGAGAAAUUGAGGCGUAUUUUCGUGGGGAAGAUGAACUUAUUGAUAUUUGA